GCUCGCGCCGCAGUCCGCCGCCGCACCGGCACCGGAGCUCUACACCCCACUUCCGGGGUCAAGUCACCGCCGAGAAUCCAGUGAUCGCAGAAGGGUAGCCUCAAGUUCCGCCCCUAUCCAAGCCCCGCCUCCACUGCCUCUCGCCCUGUAUCAGGCAACUUCCAGGACGCCGUGCGUCACUAAGCAGCCAAUCUCCACUUCCGGACGCAUCCCGCCCCUUCUCCACCCCUUUCAGUGACAGCGCGAUUGCGAUUUAGUUUUCCGCGCAUUUAAUUGGCGAAGCUGGAGCGCUAGUCUUCGCUGAUUGGUGCCGGAAAAUCUGCCCCAUAGACACCCGCGGGGCGCACAGCUUUAGUAGUUCGUGGGUUUCCCGCCAGCUGCAGUCUUGGACCAUAAUCAUGGUGGACAUGAUGGAGUUACCGAGGUCGCGCAUCAACGUCGGCAUGCUAGCUCAGUUCAUCGACAAGCCUGUCUGCUUCGUAGGGAGGCUGGAAAAGAUUCAUCCCACUGGAAAAAUGUUUAUUCUUUCAGAUGGAGAAGGAAAAAAUGGAACCAUCGAGUUGAUGGAACCCCUUGAUGAAGAAAUCUCUGGAAUUAUGGAAGUGGUUGGAAAAGUAACCACCAAGGCCACCAUCUUGUGUACAUCUUAUGUCCAGUUUAAAGAAGAUAACCAUCCUUUUGAUCUUGGACUUUACAAUGAAGCUGUGAAAAUUAUCCAUGAGUUCCCUCAGUUUUAUCCUUUAGGGAUUGUGCAACAUGAUUGAUCGUGAUGGAUUUUCAUACAAUUGCAAAUGAGCUAUAUUAAAGACUAUUAAAGGAAGCCCCUCUUGUUUGAGGGAGAGAUUUCUGUGCUUUCUCAUAUUUAAUUUACUCUUUUUAAGAUAUUCCAACCUAGAGUUUUUGAUGGAACUGAUAUAUUGACAGUUCUCACCUAAGUCCUUUUAUAAAGAAUUGUUACUCCAAUAGAUGGUCAGAUUAGAUGCAAGAAUAAAGCAGUUGUCUGAGUUUAGGUUUCUAUUUUAUUAAUAAAAACUAAAAUGGUAC